UUUUGGGACUAGAUGGUGCUUUUAUGAAAGGACCCUUUCCAGGCCAAGUACUCACAGCAGUUGGAUUGGAUUCAAACAACGGCAUAUACCCACUUGCAUAUGCCAUUGUUGAGACUGAAAAUAUGAGUAGCUGGAAAUGGUUUCUAGAAUGCUUGGGAGAUGACUUAGAGUUGCACUCAAAUUCUAACUUUACUUUCAUGAGUGAUAGACAAAAGGUACUAUUUUCUUCUUUUUGUAUUACUAAUAGUUUAUUUGUAUAUGAUGGUUGCAAUGAUUAUGUGGAAUAAUCCUUUACAGGGACUCUUACCUGCUAUUGCACAACUAUACCCACAGGCUGAGCAUCGAUUCUGUCUAAGACAUAUUUAUGAGAACAUGAGGAAAAAAUGGAAAACAAAAGAGUAUAAAGAUCACUUAUGGCAAUGUGCAAUAGCAACCACAGUACCAGAAUUUGAACACUACAUGAAUGAACUUAACAAGUUUGAUAAGGAUGCUUUUGAGUGGUUGAAGAAAAUCCCCCCUCACCAUUGGGCCAGAAGCCACUUUUCAGGCAGAGCAGGAUCAGAUAUAUUGCUCAACAAUUUAUGUGAAGUUUUCAACAGUAAGCUUAUUCAUGGUAGGAAUAAGCCCAUCAUAAGUUGUCUUGAGUACAUCAGGUAGUACCUAAUGAAGAGGAUCUGCAAUGUGAAGAAAGUGAUGUCCAAAGCUCCAGGUCCACUCACUCCAACAGCAUCAAAGUUACUUGAGAGAAAUAGGGAAGCUUCAGUCCAAUAUAGAGCUAGAUGGAAUGGGACUGCAAAGUAUGAAGUUUAUGGUCCUUGGCAU